CACCAUUGUGAAUAACAACUGUACCAAAUCCCAUUGACGCAGCAGAGAGCUCCAUCAGCAUCGAUUGACAUUGCCACGUUUUGGACUCCCAUUUGGUGAACAACCCAAAAAUUAACUAUCUAUAAUGUGCGGCGGUGCAGAGGAAUACAGCUUUUCUAGUACCUGAAAAUGUCUCUCUCAGCCAGAGGAAGCGGAAAGGAACAUCUUCAAGACCUUAACGCCUGGCACUGACGGUAACUAUCUUAGGGCCCCCCACUCACGAGAGAACCAUCAGCCACCACCAUUCACCAUUUCACCCGCAGAGAAAUUUUGAGAGAGAGAGGGAUAGAGAAGGAAGAGAGAGGGACUUGUUUGUUUUUUAUGUCCACAAUUCGUGAUAUCACUGCGCCUCACCUACGCAAACAAAACAACAAAAUUGAACACCCUUAAUAAAAAGAAUGGAGCUUUUGUGCUUUUGUGGUGGUCCUCACUCUUAUCACUCUUCCUUUUUUUCUCAAUUACCCCCAACUUUUUGGGUUUUCUUUCACUUGGGUACUUCUCUUUUCACCACCAAAAACUUCCCUUUUUUCGCUUCACCUUUUGUGGGUCUUGUUUGAUGGAUUCCGAGCGGAAGCAGAGGGCGGUGACUGCAUCAAGGGUGGUUAAGAGAGAGGCAGAAUCCGAUUCUGACAGUGAUGAGGGGUUUGAGCAUGUGGGUUUUGUUGAAGAGGAAGAUAGCAGCAAGAAAAGAAGAGGCAUGAGUAUGACGGUUGCCGGUGGUGGAAAGAAAGACGGUGGCGGUGCUGGGGGAGGUGGAGGGGCGAUGAGGUGUUGUCAGGCAGAGAAGUGCACGGCUGAUCUGAGUGAUGCCAAGCAGUACCACAGGAGGCACAAGGUCUGUGAACACCAUUCCAAGGCUCAGGUUGUGCUUGUUGCAGGGGUUAGGCAGAGGUUUUGUCAACAAUGCAGCAGAUUCCAUGAGCUAUGCGAAUUUGAUGAAACCAAAAGAAGUUGUCGCAGGCGUUUGGCUGGACACAACGAGCGACGAAGGAAGAACAUGUCUGAGUCCAAUGCAGAAGGCUCAACCCGCAAAGCAUCAGGAACUCAGUUGAAGGACAUGGUCUGUGGGCAGGUUGACGAUAGGGGGGGAAGGAUUAAAAUAACCAUACGAGAAAAUGCGCCGUACAAACAUUUUCAAAUCAGAUGAAUGCUUGCUCUCCAGGCACGCUCUCUCUCUUCUGUCACCUCAGGAACGCAAUGAUAAUAAUAUGUCAGCAUUUGUCAUGAAGAUGUAUCUAAGGUCUUUAUUUAUUUUAAAAGAAAAGGGCCGGCAGCAUUUGAUAUUCAUUUCAUGGUGCUAUGGUUUCCAGUUGUGGCGCCCGUCCCGUUACGUAUGUAUUACUAUGUUGCUUAGCCAUUUAACUCCGUGGAGUUCACGGUGCUAUGACUGCUUUGGCUAUUCAAUUCAUGGGUGUUUCUGUACUAUGGCAUUGCUUAUACUACCUUGAUCUUUAAUAUAUGCUUUGCUCAUUUGAUCA